UAAGGGGUCCAAGGAGAGGCUCAGGGAGUGUGGUGGAAGACCAGUGAAGUUCCUGCUUGUGGUUUGUGGAAUAUAACAUUCAUUUCACAAAGGGAAAGAGUAAGACAUAAGCCGCCACCAUGAGUACAGACGCGGAGAUGGCCAUCUAUGGCAAGGCUGCCAUUUACCUCCGUAAGCCAGAGAAGGAGAGAGUUGAGGCUCAAAACAAACCUUUUGAUGCCAAGAGUGCCUGCUACGUGGCCGAUGCCAAGGAGCUGUACCUGAAGGCAACAAUCCUCAAGAAAGAUGCUGGCAAAGUCACUGUCAAAGUCCUGGACACUCAGGAGGAGAGGACAGUCAAAGACGAUGACGUCUCUCCAAUGAACCCUCCCAAGUAUGACAAGAUUGAGGACAUGGCCAUGAUGACCCAUCUCAAUGAAGCCUCUGUGCUGUAUAACCUCAAAGAGCGUUAUGCAGCAUGGAUGAUCUACACCUACUCUGGGUUGUUCUGUGCCACUGUGAACCCCUACAAGUGGCUCCCAGUGUACGAUUCUGAAGUUGUAAGUGCCUACAGAGGCAAGAAGCGUAUGGAGGCUCCACCCCACAUCUUCUCUGUCUCUGACAACGCUUAUCAGUUCAUGCUUACUGAUAGGGAGAACCAGUCUGUCUUGAUCACUGGAGAAUCUGGUGCUGGAAAGACUGUGAACACCAAGCGUGUCAUCCAGUACUUUGCAACAAUCUCAGUUGGUGGAGACAAAAAGAGGGACAUGUCAAAGGGGUCACUGGAGGAUCAGAUUAUUGCAGCCAAUCCCCUGCUGGAGGCCUACGGUAACGCCAAAACUGUGAGGAAUGACAACUCCUCUCGUUUUGGUAAAUUCAUCAGAAUCCAUUUUGGCACAACUGGCAAACUGGCUAGUGCUGAUAUUGAGACAUAUCUGCUGGAGAAGUCUAGAGUGACAUUCCAGCUUCCUGAUGAAAGAGGCUACCACAUCUUCUACCAGAUGAUGACCAACCACAAGCCUGAGCUGAUUGAUUUGGCACUCAUCACAACCAACCCCUAUGACUUCCCCAUGUGCAGCAUGGGUCAGAUCACUGUGGCCAGCAUUGAUGACAAAGUUGAGCUGGAAGCCACUGAUAAUGCUAUCGAUAUCCUGGGCUUCACCGGUGAAGAAAAGGUAAGUAUCUACAAGAUGACUGGUGCUGUGCUCCACCACGGUAACAUGAAGUUCAAGCAGAAGCAGCGUGAGGAGCAGGCUGAGCCUGAUGGCACAGAGGACGCUGACAAGGUUGCUUACUUACUGGGUAUGAACUCAGCUGACAUGCUGAAGGCUCUGUGCUAUCCAAGAGUAAAGGUCGGAAAUGAAUUUGUCACCAAAGGACAGACUGUACCUCAGGUGUUGAACUCAGUGAGUGCCCUGGCCAAGUCUAUCUAUGAGAGAAUGUUCUUGUGGAUGGUCGUCCGUAUCAACCAGACACUGGAUACCAAACAAGCAAGACAGUUCUUCAUUGGUGUCCUGGAUAUUGCUGGCUUUGAAAUCUUUGAUUACAACACCUUGGAGCAGCUGUGCAUCAACUUCACCAAUGAGAAACUGCAACAGUUUUUCAACCACCACAUGUUUGUCCUGGAGCAAGAGGAGUACAAGAAGGAGGGUAUUAUCUGGGAGUUCAUUGACUUUGGCAUGGAUUUGGCUGCCUGCAUUGAGCUGAUUGAAAAGCCUAUGGGCAUCUUCUCCAUCCUUGAAGAGGAGUGCAUGUUCCCCAAGGCCACAGACACAUCCUUCAAGAACAAGCUGUAUGACCAGCAUCUUGGCAAAAACAGAGCAUUUGAAAAGCCAAAGCCCGCCAAGGGCAAGGUUGAGGCCCACUUCUCUCUGGUGCACUAUGCUGGUACCGUGGAUUACAACAUUGGUGGCUGGCUGGACAAGAACAAGGACCCACUGAAUGAUUCCGUUAUCCAGCUGUACCAGAAAUCCUCAGUGAAACUGCUGUCUGUCCUGUAUCCUCCCGUCGUUGAGGAGUCCAGUGGUGGCAAGAAGGGAGGCAAGAAGAAGGGUGGUUCUAUGCAGACUGUGUCUUCACAGUUUAGAGAGAACUUGGGCAAACUGAUGACCAACUUGAGGAGCACCCAUCCUCACUUUGUGCGCUGCCUGAUUCCCAAUGAGUCAAAGACUCCAGGCUUGAUGGAGAACUUCCUGGUCAUCCACCAGCUCAGGUGUAACGGUGUGCUGGAGGGUAUCAGAAUCUGCAGAAAAGGUUUCCCCAGCAGAAUCCUCUAUGCUGACUUCAAGCAGAGGUACAAAGUGUUGAAUGCCAGUGUGAUCCCUGAGGGCCAGUUCAUUGACAACAAGAAAGCUUCAGAGAAGCUGCUUGGGUCAAUUGAUGUUAAUCACGAUGAGUACAGAUUCGGACACACCAAGGUGUUCUUCAAGGCCGGUCUGCUGGGUGUCCUUGAGGAGAUGAGAGAUGAAAAACUGGCAUCUCUGGUCACCAUGACUCAGGCUAUGUGCCGGGGUUACCUCAUGAGAACUGAGUUUGUGAAGAUGACAGAAAGGAGGGAUGCCAUAUAUACCAUCCAGUACAAUGUCCGCUCAUUCAUGAAUGUGAAACACUGGCCAUGGAUGAAGGUGUACUACAAGAUCAAGCCUCUGCUGAAGAGUGCUGAAACUGAGAAGGAGCUGGCAGCCAUGAAGGAGAACUACGAGAAGAUGACAAAUGACUUGGCUGCUGCCCUGGCCAAGAAGAAGGAACUGGAGGAGAAGAUGGUGUCCCUUUUGCAGGAGAAGAAUGAUCUGCAGCUGCAAGUAGCAUCUGAAUCAGAGAAUCUGUCAGAUGCUGAGGAGAGAUGUGAGGGACUUAUCAAGAGUAAGAUUCAGCUGGAGGCCAAACUCAAAGAGACAACUGAGAGACUGGAGGAUGAAGAGGAAAUGAAUGCUGAGCUCACUGCCAAGAAGAGAAAACUGGAGGAUGAAUGCUCUGAGCUCAAGAAGGAUAUUGAUGACCUGGAGCUUACCUUGGCCAAAGUGGAGAAGGAGAAACACGCCACUGAGAACAAGGCCCGUAUUGAGGAACUGGAGGAGGAGAUUGAGGCUGAGCGUGCUGCUCGUGCCAAGGUUGAGAAGCAGAGAGCUGACCUCUCCAGGGAACUUGAGGAGAUCAGCGAGAGGCUGGAGGAGGCCGGUGGUGCUACUGCUGCUCAGAUUGAGAUGAACAAGAAGCGUGAAGCUGAGUUCCAGAAGCUCCGUCGUGACCUUGAGGAGUCCACUCUGCAGCAUGAAGCCACUGCUGCUGCUCUUCGCAAGAAGCAGGCUGACAGCGUUGCUGAGCUGGGAGAGCAGAUCGACAACCUCCAGCGUGUUAAGCAGAAGCUUGAGAAGGAAAAGAGUGAAUACAAGAUGGAGAUUGACGACCUCUCCAGCAACAUGGAGGCUGUUGCAAAAGCAAAGGGAAAUCUUGAAAAAAUGUGCCGCACUCUUGAGGACCAACUUAGCGAACUGAAGACCAAGAGUGAUGAAAAUAUCCGUCAAAUCAAUGACACAAGUGCACAGAAAGCACGUCUCCUGACAGAAAAUGGUGAGUUCAGCCGUCAAAUCGAGGAGAAAGAAGCGCUUGUCUCCCAGCUGACCAGAGGCAAACAGGCCUUCACACAGCAGAUUGAGGAGCUGAAGAGACAGAUUGAGGAGGAGGUUAAGGCCAAGAAUGCUCUUGCCCAUGGCCUGCAAUCAGCCCGUCAUGACUGUGAUCUGCUGAGGGAGCAGUUUGAGGAGGAGCAGGAGGCCAAGGCUGAGCUGCAGCGUGGAAUGUCCAAGGCCAACAGUGAGGUGGCACAGUGGAGAUCAAAGUAUGAAACUGAUGCUAUCCAGCGCACUGAGGAGCUUGAGGAAGCCAAGAAGAAGCUGGCCCAGCGCCUUCAGGAGGCUGAGGAGCAGAUUGAGGCAGUGAACUCAAAGUGUGCCUCUCUUGAGAAGACCAAACAGAGGCUCCAGAGUGAGGUGGAGGACCUCAUGAUUGAUGUGGAGAGGGCCAAUGGGCUGGCUGCCAACCUGGACAAGAAGCAGAGGAACUUUGACAAGGUGUUGGCUGAGUGGAAACAGAAGUACGAGGAGGGUCAGGCAGAGCUUGAGGGAGCACAGAAGGAGGCUCGUUCUCUCAGCACUGAGCUGUUCAAGAUGAAGAACUCUUAUGAGGAAGCUCUGGAUCAGCUGGAGACCAUGAAGCGUGAAAACAAGAACCUGCAGCAGGAGAUCUCAGAUCUGACUGAACAGAUUGGUGAGACUGGCAAGAGCAUCCAUGAGCUGGAGAAGUCCAAGAAGCAGGUGGAGACAGAGAAGUCUGAAAUCCAGACAGCUCUUGAAGAGGCUGAGGGAACUCUGGAACACGAGGAGUCUAAGAUCCUGCGUGUCCAGCUGGAGCUCAACCAGAUUAAGGGUGAGGUGGACAGGAAGCUGGCAGAGAAAGAUGAGGAGAUGGAGCAGAUCAAGAGGAACAGCCAGAGGGUGAUUGACUCCAUGCAGAGCACUCUGGAUUCUGAGGUCAGGAGCAGGAAUGAUGCCCUGAGAGUCAAGAAGAAGAUGGAAGGAGACCUGAAUGAGAUGGAGAUUCAGCUGAGCCACGCCAAUCGCCAGGCUGCUGAGUCCCAGAAGCAACUGAGAAAUGUUCAGGCACAGCUGAAGGAUGCGCAACUGCACCUUGAUGAUGCUGUCAGAGCCCAGGAGGACCUCAAGGAACAAGCUGCUAUGGUGGAUCGUAGGAACGGUCUCAUGAUAGCUGAAAUUGAGGAGCUCAGAGCUGCUCUGGAACAGACAGAGAGAAGUCGCAAAGUUGCUGAACAGGAGCUGGUGGACGCCAGUGAGCGUGUUGGACUUCUGCACUCUCAGAACACAAGCCUUCUGAACACCAAGAAGAAGCUUGAGGCUGACCUGGUCCAGGUCCAGGGAGAAGUGGAUGACACUGUUCAGGAAGCAAGGAAUGCAGAGGAGAAGGCCAAGAAGGCCAUCACUGAUGCUGCUAUGAUGGCUGAGGAGCUGAAGAAGGAGCAGGAUACCAGUGCUCACCUGGAGAGGAUGAAGAAGAACCUGGAGGUCGCUGUUAAGGACCUGCAGCACCGCCUGGAUGAGGCUGAGAACCUGGCCAUGAAGGGUGGAAAGAAGCAGCUCCAGAAACUUGAGUCAAGGGUGCGUGAGCUGGAGGGAGAGGUUGAGGCUGAGCAGAGACGUGGAGCAGAUGCUGUUAAGGGUGUCCGCAAAUAUGAGAGGAGAGUAAAGGAGCUCACCUAUCAGACUGAAGAGGACAAGAAAAACAUUACCAGACUGCAGGAUCUGGUUGAUAAGUUGCAGCUCAAGGUGAAGGCCUACAAGAGGCAGGCUGAGGAGGCGGAGGAGCAGGCCAAUGUUCAUCUCUCCAAGUGCAGGAAGAUCCAGCAUGAGCUGGAAGAGGCUGAGGAGCGUGCUGAUAUUGCAGAGUCCCAGGUCAACAAACUGAGAGCAAAGAGCCGUGAUACUGGCAAGGGAAAAGAAGCAGCUGAGUAAAGCGCGCUGAGUGUUUCACCGUGAUGAAUCAUAUAAUAUGAUAUAAUUCAUGAUGAAACAAUAAAGAUUAAGCUGUUUAUCUUAA